AUGUCUAAGAAUGAGAUCAGCCUAGGCAUGUCUACUAAGAAUGAGAUCAGCCUAGGCAUAUCUACUAAGAAUGAGAUCAGCCUAGGCAUGUCUACUAAGAAUGAGAUCAGCCUAGGCAUGUCUACUAAGAAUGAAAUCAGUCUAGGCAUGUCUACUAAGAAUGAGAUCAGCCUAGGCACGUCUACUAAGAAUGAAAUCAGCCUAGGCAUGUCUACUAAGAAUGAGAUCAGCAUAGGCAUGUCUCAGAAUGAGAUCAGCAUAGGCAAGUCUACUAAGAAUGAGAUCAGCAUAGGCAAGUCUACUAAGAAUGAGAUCAGCCUAGGCAUGUCUAAGAAUGAGAUCAGCAUAGGUAUGUCUACUAAGAAUGAGAUCAACCUAGGCAUGUCUACUAAGAAUGAGAUCAGCCUAGGCAUGUCUACUAAGAAUGAGAUCAGCCUAGGCAUGUCUACUAAAAAUGAGAUCAGCCUAGGCAUGUCUAAGAAUGAGAUCAGCAUAGGUAUGUCUACUCAGAUUAAAAUCAGCCUAGGCAUGUCUAAGAAUGAGAUCAGCAUAGGUAUGUCUACUAAGAAUGAGAUCAGCCUAGGCAUGUCUACUAAGAAUGAGAUCAGCCUAGGCAUGUCUACUAAGAAAGAAAUCAGCCUAGGCAUGUCUACUAAGAAUGAGAUCAGCCUAGGCAUGUCUACUAAGAAUGAGAUCAGACUAGGCAUGUCUACUAAGAAUGAAAUCAGCCUAGGCAUGUCUACUAAGAAUAAGAUCAGCCUAGGCAUGUCUACUAAGAAUGAGAUCAGCAUAGGCAUGUCUAAGAAUGAGAUCAGCCUAGGCAUGUCUACUAAGAAUGAGAUCAGCAUAGGCAUGUCUACUAAGAAUGAGAUCAGCAUAGGCAUGUCUACUAAGAAUGAGAUCAGCCUAGGCAUGUCUACUAAGAAUGAGAUCAGCCUAGGCAUGUCUACUAAGAAUGAGAUCAGCAUAGGCAUGUCUAAGAAUGAGAUCAGCCUAGGCAUGUCUACUAAGAAUGAGAUCAGACUAGGCAUGUCUACUAAGAAUGAAAUCAGCCUAGGCAUGUCUACUAAGAAUGAGAUCAGCCUAGGCAUGUCUACUAAGAAUGAGAUCAGCAUAGGCAUGUCUAAGAAUGAGAUCAGCCUAGGCAUGUCUACUAAGAAUGAGAUCAGCAUAGGCAUGGCUACUCAGAAUGAGAUCAGCCUAGGCAUGUCUACUCAGAAUGAAAUCAGCCUAGGCAUGUCUACUAAGAAAGAGAUCAGCCUAGGCUUGUCUACUAAGAAUAAGAUCAGUUGGCCAUAA